AUGGCCACCCAGCCCUCGCCCUCCUCGCCGCGCAGGACUCCGGGGCUCUCCGGAUCGUUCCUGAACGUGGUUUUAGGAAAUCUCUACCCGGGCGCUCCGGCCCCCCCCUACCCCUACCCCUACCGCUUCCUCCUCAACGAGCCCGACAAGUGCCGGGACCGGACGCCCUUCCUGGUGCUGCUGGUGGUGACGCAGCCGAGGGACGUGCACGGCAGGAACGCCAUCCGGCAAACCUGGGGCAACGAGAGCUCGGUGCCGGGGGUCUCCAUCCUCCGUCUCUUCCUCACCGGCAUCGACCCGGUGUUCGGGCGGGAGCUGCGGCCGGUGCUGGAGGAGGAGAGCCUUCUCUACCACGACAUCCUCCAGCAAGAUUUCUUGGACACCUACAACAACUUGACGUUGAAGACGUUGAUGGGCAUGGAGUGGGUGAGCAAGCACUGCCCCAACGCCAGCUACGUGAUGAAGGCCGACCACGACGUCUUCCUCAACCUGGGCUACCUGGUGCACCGCUUCCUGGUGCCCCCCAAGCAGAACUUCAUGACGGGUUACAUCUACCGCAACACGGGGCCGCUGCGCAGCAAGGCCUACAAGUGGUACGUGCCCCGCGAGGUCUACCCCAACAACACCUACCCGCCCUACUGCGGCGGGCCCGGCUACGUCUUCUCCGGGGACCUGGCCAGCAAAAUCUACGGCGUGGCCCAAACUUUGCCCGUCAUCAACAUGGAGGAUUCCUUCGUGGGCAUCUGCCUGCACGCGCUGGGCAUCGGCGUCACCAGCAGCCCCUGGGGCGUCUUCAACAUGUACCGGAUCAAGUACGAGAAGUGCCGGUUCUCCCGGCUGGUGAUGGUCCAUCACUACCAGCCCUGGGACCUGCUGCAGAUCUGGCCCCGGUUCCAGGAGGAGAAGAGACGCCACCCGGCAGCGAGGUGCCGCAACGUUUGGGCGUGGGAGCCGCUCGGCACCGUCGGUUCCCCGGGACAGCGCCUGCGCGCGCCCAGCUGGGCAAACACCGCUCCACCUUUCCUCCAGAAAGGUGAGUAA